AUGAAUUCAAUAAUUAAACUUAAAAAGAGACACUUGAAACAAAAUAAUCAAGAUGAUUAUUAUGAAGUUAUAAAACCAAAUUUAAUUCAUUCUUCAAAUAUACCAUAUAAAAUCAUAUCAAUAUUUCAAAAUAAGAAGAAAUUACUUAAUAAUAUUUAUAUAACUGUUCAAAUUGAAUUAAAUACAUUAUUAUCGAGAUCAAGUAUAAAAUUAUCAACAUUACUUAAGAGAAAUCUAAUAUCUGUUCACCAAUCAAAUAAAAGUUAUUUAUCAAGUAUAAUAAGGAAUGAAAAAAGUAAUAGUAUAAAUUUAAAUACACUAGAUGAUAAUUUUAUAGUCACUAUUAAAUUACAAUUUGAUUUAUCAAUUUCCGAAAAAGUCAUUAUCAGAUUCAAACAAGAUGAGAAUUACAAUUUAUUCCAUGAGUUUAUACUCAUUAUUGAGUCAUAUAUUAGGAAUAUAGUGUUGAAAGAGUUGGAAGAUUCAGAGGAUCAAAAGAAGAGUUUUUCAGAUAUUAGUGAUUCCACCCUUGAAUGCAGUGAAGAAGAAGAUAUAAUGAUGCCAUUUGUCGAACCUUUAAAAUCAAACGAUACAUUAAGUGAUGAAUUCAAGAGACGAUAUAGUGAUAUCAGUGAUGAAGAGAAAUUUCUAAGUGAUAAGUUUCUUGAUAUUGAAAAUUUACGACAUAAUGAAGAAAUAAUAACACCGAAAACAUCAGCAAUUACAAAUUUUCACUCAUGUUUAGAUGAUUUAAUUGAAGUUGAAUGUGAAAUGGAGAAUGAGGGUUUAAUAAGUCCGGAAAAGAAGAGAAAUAAACUACCUUCUUCAUCACCGUUGAAAUUUGAUGAAGAUGAUUAUGAUUUUACAAAAUUAACUAGACUGAAUUCAUUUCAAUCUCCCACAAAAGUUAGAAAAUCAAUUAGUAGAAUGACUUCAAAUCAUUCAAUUUCAAUGGUUAAUUCCGAUGAAAAAUUUGGAUUAGAAUAUGCUUUUAAUUCAUCUUCUGAUGUUCCUUCAUAUAUUAAAGAUGAUAAAAAAUUUAAAUUUAUAAAAGUUGGUAAAGUUCAAAAAUUUGUAAAUUUAUUUGAAGAAAAGAAAGAAAAUGAUUCUAAUUCAAAUAGUCAAUUUACAAGUAGGAAAACUAGUAGGGUUGGAAGUAGAAUACCUAGUAGAUCAACAAGUCCAACAAUAUAA